ACGUGGCGGUUGGAGAAGUAUGUGGCUGCUCUUGAGGACAUGCUCCGAGAGCUGAAGAAGCAGUCUGGCAAGCCUGCCCCAGAACUGCUGAAUGAAUACUCUCGCAAAGUGGACUUCCUAAAGGGACUUUUAGAAGCUGAAAAACUGUCUUCAUCAACUGAAAAGGCUCUGGCAAAUCAGUUCUUGGCCCCUGGGCGUACCCCCACUACAACCAAAGAGAGAACCCCAGCUACUAAAACAGUUCAUCUGCAGACAAAGGCUCGUUGCACAGGCAAGAUGAGGAGUGAGCUGCUUGGUACAGACCGCUUGGCCAUGGAUGAUUCUGAGGAGUUAAACAUAAGGAAGCGGAAAGGCCUUGCAUCCGAUGAGAAGCAGUCAGCUGUGGAGCUGGAUGCUGUGUUACAGCACCAUCAGGAUAUGCAGGAGAAAUUAGCUGAAGAAAUGCUGAGUUUGGCUCGCAGUCUCAAAAACAACACUCUGGCUGCACAGAAUGUGAUAAAACAAGAUAACCAGACGCUAUCACAUUCUCUCAGGAUGGCAGACCAGAACUUUGAGAAGCUCAAGGAUGAAUCUGACCGCCUUGAACAACAUGCAAAGAAAUCGGUCAACUGGUUAUUAUGGAUAAUGUUAAUUGUAGUUUGUUUUAUAUUCAUCAGCAUGAUUCUCUUUAUCAGAAUUUUCCCCAAACUGAAAUAAUUUUUUUUUUUUUUUAACUGCCUGAGUGCAGUUGGAAAGCUCAGCUCGUAUGACAACUGACAACAAUCGAUUUCUUUGCCACCUAUUAUGUCCUUAAAGAGGCUGUCCAAGGCCUACCCUUGCAUCUCUUCCCUGUG